AUAUUUGAGAGGCUCGGAUGUUUAAGAUUUCUCAAGGUUUUCUCCUGUACGCGUAAAGAUAACUAAACAUUCGACCAGACAACUUGUUAGUACAACAGAAUUGUUUUCAGAAGAUAAGUAACCACUUGACUAUAGCACUCACUGCUCAACUAAACUGACAGUUCUGGUCAAUGUUGAAUGAACGGAUGAUCGAUAUUUGAUUCAUGUAUGUAAAUCAUGUAUGAACGGCUAAUCAAACGGUCACUCACCAGUCUCACCCCGUCGGUCUUGGACUCAUUCCACAGCUUUUCUCGAGAAGAUGAGCCAGAAGAUUAUCCGUAUUCAACGGGUUCUAUUUCUCUUCACGUUUCUCGUUCAACUUUCUAGACAAAUCGAAAGUCUUGGAAGUUAUAGCACUAGCGUGGAUGUGACAAAUCCACACAUCACCACUCUCAACCUCAAUGGCAAAUUCCAGAUGAACAAAUCGCUGAGCGACUCCCCCGACGACAUGCUGAGCGCUCAAGGUGUAGGCUGGAUCAAGCGCAAAGCCAUGGGCGCCGCAUCGAUCACCGUAACCAUAACACACUCCAAGAACAACGCCGGUGUGGAAACUCUCAGCCUUGUCCAAGUCGUCUCUGGCGGAGACCCUGCUGAGCCGGAGGAAAAGACGCUCGACUGGGAGGAGAAGACGAAGGAAAUUAAGCUUUUCGGAGGCCCUUGUUUGACAAGGUCCAAGAGGGUUUCGCUCGAUGAGGUUCAGGAGUCCUACUUGAAGGAAGGAUGGAGCGCGGAUACGUUGGAGCACGGAUGUAUCCUUGUUCAUCUUGCCUAUGAGGGUAAGCACGGAUGGAAGACUGAACAGACUUGGGGUAUUGGAGAAGUCAAUGGCGAGAGACGCCAUGUAAGGCGCAUCGCCCUCACCGGAACAAAGGGUGAGAAGCUCUAUAACCGUAUUGUCUAUGAUUAUCUUGGCGAAAACUGAAGAGUAAUACCAUCCUGGUAAAAUAACGAUGCGCUGAUUCAGAUUGCGCCAAGCUGUAUAAUUAAUCAUUAUCCAAAAAACUUGAUUUAUGCCCAUUGCUGUGAAUGAAAGCUAAAGCUGCGCGUUCUGUUGGAUUAUGGGGAAGAUGAUCGAUAGAAAUACGACAUGGAUAGACAUGGAUUCGAAAUUUCGUAAACCUUUAUUAUGACUGUGUACGCUAUGAACUCCUGUACAGUCUUGUACUAGGCGUGGAUCGGUAAACAUGUUUACCGCAGAAGAUUCUGACGA